GGUUCCUUGAACGCAAAGGAAGCUUCAUUGGAAGAAGAAUGCUCGACAAUUCUUGCCUCCUCUCCGCAUCUACUGCUUCUUCCAUCUUCUCUCUCUCUCUCUCUCUCUCUCUCUCUGUGAUCUGAUUAAAUAAAGAAUCAAAAUUCGCGGACUUUCAUUUACCUUCCUAUUAAUUUCUUCAGUUUGCGAGACCACCACCUUCAAAUCUCUCUCCCUCACACUCUAUUCUCCAUGCAAUCUUUGUUUUCUUCUCUUUGUCGUCGUCUCAUGUAUUGUCCUUCUUCUUCAUCAGUAUGAACAUGAUCCUCAGAUUCCGACAUGUCCUAGUUUCAAUUCUCUGGCUUUUCCUGGUUCUGAUCAUCUUCCGUGGCUGGCUCAGCUUCGCUCCCUCCAACGUUGGUGUUGUCGACUACCGCAACGACGUCGGUGCGACCACCCAGUUACUGUCUGCUCUGAAUAGGAAUAGGAAACUAUUGGCCUCCAAAUUUGACUUCACCCCGUUUGUCCAUCGCCGCCACCAUCACCGUCGUCACCACCACCACCACCGGCGGAGUCACACGACGGCGCAUCCUCCGCCGUCAGAAGGGCAGAUUGAUCCGCGUUAUGGUGUCGAUAAACGCCUUGUGCCUACUGGUCCGAACCCAUUACACCAUUAACGAAAAGGUUCACGUUAUAUAUGCCUCUCUUUUUCUUCUCCUCCAUUCUUCUUCUUCAUGUAAUUUUGUGUAUUCAUUAAAAGGAAAAAUCAUGUAGCAAUAAUUUGUGAAAUGUAUACAUACGAUUUGCUCCUUAAUUACGUUCUUUGCAAAUUAACAAAGUAUAUAUAUUUGCUCUGAUAAA